AUGGCGGAGGUACCUGUUGCGCUGGCCGAGGUCUUUGCAGCGGCGCCGACGGCCGAGGUGGCUCGUGUGGCCGACGUGGACGGUGAUGGCGACAACGAUGUUGUGGUCAUGGGUAGUGUGGUUGGUGGUGCUAUGAAGCAACUCUUGUGGUUUGAAAACUCAGACGGCCUUGGUAGUAUGGUCCUCGGACGUGUGCUGGGCGGAGACGAGGUGCACGAUUUUUUGCUCGCCGACCUCGACGCCGAUGCCGAUGUUGAUGUUGUGGUUAUCCACAGCUCGAUUGUGUACUGGCGGGCGAAUGACGGAAGUGGCUUAUUUGGGCCAGGAAAGGUGGUGGCCAAUGCUCGCGCAGGCGAUACCUUUGUCGAUUUUGCCGUCGGCGACGUCACGAACGACGGUGUGGCGGACAUCGUCAUCGCCGUCCGCAACGCGGCGCUGGGCCACUCGCUGUUUUUGUGCCGUAACAACGAGCUGGUCUUGUUUGAGUCACCUGAGGUCAUCUCUAUUUCAGGCGAGCCGUACUCGGUCACCAUUGGCAGCGUUGACGGCGACGGUCUUGACGAUAUCUUAUUGACGCUCGACAACGGGGCCCCGUUUGUUGGGUGGCUGCGUGCCGAACUCACUGGGUUCGACUCGUUUGUUUCGGUCGCCAACACGGCGUUGCUCCACUAUCAGCUUGAAGCGGGAGACGUGACGGGGAUCGGCCGUGCGAGUGUCGUGGGGCGAGCGGGAGUUGUUGGCGGCGCUCUCUACGUGUGUCGCAACGUGCCGCCCCUGGCGACGGAGGCAACGCCGAUCAGCAUCGAGGCCGCGUAUGGACACGCACUGCUCGACUUCGAUGGCGACGGUGACCUGGACGUUCUCUACGCACAGGUGGCGGGCGGACAGGAACUGCGUGUCGCUCUCCAGAACGGCGACGGGUCGUUUGCGGCCUCUGUGACUGCCAACGCGCAAGUGGUGCGCCCGGUGGCGCUAGUUGCGGCCGACAUGGAUGGUGACGGCACAGAUGACCUUGUGGUCCUUGGCAAAGGGCCGGCGCCGCACUACAUUCUUCGCAACGCGGGCCCGUCGACACUCGUCGUUGCGUCCACUUUUGGAGACACGUUCAGUCCAGCAGGCGCACUGGCGGCGGCGGAUGUGGACGGCGACGGGAAGAGCGACGUUGUCGUCGCGGUCCACUCGCAGUUACGGGUGUACCUGGCGCCGGCACUAGUAGACGUCCAUUGGAACGUCACAACCCCUCACUCAUCUUUCGUCCUCGCGGUCGGCGACGUCGAUGGCGAUGGAGCGUCUGACGUUGUGACAGCACCUCAUUCAGCCGUGGGCGACGUGGAAGUGUAUGUUGGCGACGGUACCGGCUCGUUUGCGACGCCGCUGAUGGUGUCCACCACGGGCGCUGUCGUCGCUCUCGACGUCGUCGACAUGAAUGGCGACGGGCCUGCCGGCAUCUCGUUCGGCAGCGUGACUACGCUGCCUGUGCGGUUGGCAGGCGUAGGCGAUGUUGAUGCUGACGGCGACCUCGACGUGUUUGGUGUUGUCGGCUCGGACCUGGAGUGGAUGGAAAACCUUGACGGCGCCACCUCUUGGGCAGUCUCCGCGACUGCCGUGCCCUUUGACAGCCCUGCCAUCCCUCUCGCCGCCUCGCUCGCCGACAUGAACGGCGACGGGGUGGGCGAGUUUGUGGUGUUGGUCCGCGAGGACAUUUUUGUUGUUGCGCGCGACGCUGUGGGUGCGUGGACAACUACGCAAGUGUUCGAUGGUUCGACCGAGUACACGUUCGAUGCCUUCGAGCUCAGCGACCUCAACAAUGACGGUGCUCUUGACAUGGUUGUGGUUAACCUCGCGACGUUCGGCAUGACCCGGGACAACCUCGUGACGAUGGUGGGCCCUCCUUCUGGCUCCAAGGCGGUGGUUAGUGUUGGCGACAUCGACGGCGAUGGGGACGGCGACGUGCUCUUGGGCAGCGGGUAUCACGUUGCUUGGUACAUGAACGAGCCGACGCCGAUAUCCAGUACCCGGUUUGGGACAGCCAUAAGUGUGACGCCCAAUGCUGUGCCGCACGACGUGCGGCUAAGGCACAUGCACAAGUACGCUGCGGCGUAUGGCGACGUCGACGGCGACGGGGAUAUCGACGUCGUGACGGCGACGUCGACCUCGUUCGUAUGGUUUGCCAACGGUGACGGCGCGGGUGAGUUCAACUCGCUCACUACCAUCGGAGGUUUUGCCGAGAACUUUGUGUCGGGCAUCCAGCUCGCCGACAUGGACAAUGACGGCGAUCUCGACAUGGUGGCAUUCACAGAGCUCCCGGGUGAGGGCUAUGGCAACGGUCGGCUCGCGAUUUACCUCAACAUCGAUGGCCAAGGCACGUUUGAGCUGUUGUUCCGCAACGUUGCGGAUGCCACUGGCUUUUUGGCGGUGUACGACGUCGAUGGCGACGGGGACACCGACAUCCUUGUCGACAGCGCUGGGUCACAGUCUGUCACGUGGUACGAGAACGUCGACGGCUUUGCCACACCACCUCCUUCGUUCUCGUUCAACUCUGGCGUGUACUCGAACAGCGCCGCCACUGGCGACGUCGACGGUGACGGCAUCGUUGACGCGGUGGUCAAGGAGCAGUCGGACACCGUGUACUGGCUCUCAGGGGCUGCGGCCCGCAUGUGGACGCCCGCUUCCAUGACCGUGCUCGACGAUACCGUACUUUCCGCCGCGGACUGCUAUCAGUCGUGCUCCUGGCUCAACCUCGGCGACGUCGACAACGACGGUGACGUCGACCUCGUGAUCGACGUCCAGGCCGAGCUGCAAGUCUUUCUCAACAACGGCACAGGGGCGUUUGCGCCCGUAGUGGCCCUGUCGACACUGCCAGACACCCCGCUCUCGCCUGUACUCACCGACGUCGAUGGCGACGGCGACGUUGACGUGCUCAUGGCCACGUGGUCCGAGGGCCGCCCCGUGUGGUGCUCCAACACUGCGCGCAAUGGAACUUUUCCCACCUGUCGCCUCCUCGGCAGCAUGGUUGGCGCGCUCGGCGUCGACGCCAUCGACGUGGAGGGCGAUGGUGACCUUGACGUCGUCUACUUUGCUGGCAGCGCGGCACUCACGCUUGGUUGGAUCCCGACUCUGAGACGCUCUGCGUUUACCUCGUACACACCCGUAGAGCGCGUGGUGCCAACGCGACCGCUUUGUUCCGGUUGUGCCCGCACGUUUGCCGACGUGAUGGCUGUCUUGAGCACAACCUCCCGCUGUACGCGUGACACAGUGGUGCUGCCGGCCGGGCGGUACACGUGCCGCGCCGACUCGCACGCGCUGCUCACUCACAGCGUGCGCUUUGCGUCCGAGGGAGGAGGGCGAGCGAUCUUUGACUGCAGCGAGCAUGGCGGUGACACUGGUGUGCUCUUUCGUGUUGGCCCGCUCGUGGCUGCGGGUGCCGAGCUUGUUGGCGAUCUGACUCUCGACGGCGUGGACGUAGUCGGAGGGAGGACGGCGCGCGGGUCGCUACACGGUACCCCGGCCAUUCGUGCGGAGGGCGUGGACGCACGCGUUUCGCUGCACAAUGUGACGAUGAGAGACUGCGCGAGUGCGCCGCGUGCGGACGGCGCGCCGCUGCUGGACGUCGGGCUGGGCGGUGCGCUGCUCGCAUCGGGCGGCGCGUUUGUGGAGGUGACGCACUCUACGGUGACCGGGUCUUCGGCGUCAGACUCGGGCGGCGGUGUGUACGUGCGGGGUGCUGGAACGCAGCUCAGGCUCGGCGCCGGAGCCCAGAUCGUGGGCUGCGAGGCCGGCAACACGGGUGGCGGCGUGGUGGCCGUGGCGGGCGCGCGGGUGGAAAUGGCCGACGGCGCACGCAUCGCGUCGUGCACGGCCGUGUCGGGCUCGGGCGGCGGGCUGCGGCUCGGCACAGGCACCGCGGCGGCGAUUGCGGACGCACUCAUCGAGGACAACGUGGCGGGCGGCGCGGGCGGCGGCGCGCUCGUGGAGGACACCAUGCUUGUCAUGAACGCUGGAACUGUCCGCCGCAACCGGGCGUCGUUCGGUGGCGGCAUCGCAGCCAUGGCGGUCUCGCGCGUGGUGGCGUUCGAACAGGCGAGCACGAGCGUGGAGGUGCCGCUUGUUGGCGGCGGUGCUGCUGUUCGUGCUGGCCCGCAUGCUGUCACUGGUGGCACGCAACUUGUGGACGUGGUCAUGGAGGACAACGUCGCGACCACGCUCGGUGGCGGGCUUGCCGUGUGCGACGCUGUGGUUUCCGUCUCUGGUGCCGCCUCGGUGUGGUCGGGCAGCACGGGGUCGGACGCAUUUGUGUGCGCCGCGGAAGGAUUUGCGCCGAGCCGUGCGUCGGCGGCCACGCUUCCGUGGUUCCGCAUGAACGCGUCGGCGUUUGCCGCGCUGGACAGUGCGAGCAUUGUCGGCCCGCUGGCCAACCUCGAGUGGAUUGCCGAGUCGCAGGCUGAGCUGCAGUCGGGCUCGGUGAUGAUGGGCGAGCUGCGCGGCCGCGACUGGCUUGGGCAGGUCAUGUUUGAGCCGCGGCUUGAUGUGCAGCUCACCUUUGAUGGGUCUCCCGACGUCGUGCUGACGGGACAGACGACAAGCGCGCUUGCGUCUGUGAGCGUGCCGCUGCCGCAAGUUGCGGCUACAGCGCGGGUGGGAGCUUUGCCGCCCGUGACGGUGGCAUGGCAGCUUGGCGUGGCGAGCGCGAGCGCGAGCGCAAGCGGACUGGCGGUGACCCCAUUGACGGGCUCGGUCGACAUUGUGGCGUGCGGCGUCGGGUUUGGAGGCACGGAACGGGAUGGCACUGUGGUGUGCGCGCGGUGUGCGGACGACGCCGUGUCCAACGAGGUCUCGUUUGCGCCGUGCCAAGCCACACCAGUAUGUCCGGUCGGCACCGUGCGGGUGGCCGCGAACGGCACGUCGCUCUGCGAGUGCGCGCCCGGGUUCUGGACAGCAGGUGCGGCGGUGGGUGAGGCGUGCGCACCGUGUCCGCGUGGCGGCGUCUGUGCCGGCGGUAGGGCGGCGCCUGUGGCGGCGCCUGGGUUCUUCCCCGACGACGAUCCUGGAUUGUUUGUGACGUGUCCUGUUGCGCGUGCAUGUGCUGGAUCUGGGCGGUGCCAGGCCGGGUAUACGUCGCGGCUGUGCGCCGAGUGCGCCGACGGGUACUACCGGCUCGGCUCAUUGUGCCGCAAGUGCGACACGGGCAAGAACAUAGUGGUUGUGAUGCUGCUUGUUCUGGGCGUGCUCUUUGUGACGGGCGUGCUCCUUGCGUUUAACCUUGCGGCGAGCGUGCGGUACAAGUUUGCAGCCGCCAUGAUCGGGCUCAACGCGCUGCAGAUCUCGGCCAUGUACGGCAAGCUUGACCUGGACUGGGGCUCGAUCGCGCGCGUGUACUUUGACUUUGCCUCGGCGCUCAACCUCGACUUCAGCCUCACGUCGCCAGAGUGUGCAGCGGCGGACGGCACGGACGUAUGGGUGAUGAAGUGGGUGCUGACGCUGCUCCUCCCGCUGUUUGCAGCCGUGGCCGUCGCGGUGCUCGCGCUGGCGUUUGCGGUGCUCAUCAAGGCCGGCGUCGGGUGGGUUGGGAACAAGAACAUGGGCGAGCUGACGUCGGGUGCCGGGCGGACGUGGUUCCAGCUCCUUGUGGUUCUCUAUCUGCCGCUAGCGGGCGCGUCGUUUGCACCGUUCGGGUGCCGUAAGGACGAGUCUGGACGGUGGCUGCUGGACGCCGACCCAUCGCGACGGUGCUACACGUCGGCGUGGUGGGGACUAGCGGUCUCGGCCAUGCUCGCCGUCGCGCUCUACGCGAUCGGGAUCCCGGGCGUAGUGGUGAUGCUCCUCUCGCGCAGGCGGCGGUCGCUCGACCCGGUGACGUUUGCGCUCCGGUUCGGAUUCCUUGUGGGCCGGUUCGUGGACGAGGCGUGGUGGUUUGAGGGCGCGAUCAUGCUUCGCAAGGUGGGCGUGGUGAUGUGCAUGACGUUCUUCACCGGCGACGACUCGAAGGCGAGCACGGCAGCCGUGGUCCUUGUGGCGACGCUCGUCCAGCUCGCGCUCGCGCGGCCGUACAUGUCGACGGUACACAACGUGGUGGCGGUCGUUGUGUUGGCGGCGACGUCGAUGGUGCUGUACGCCGGUACGCUCGAGUCGUUUGUGCUGCGGCGUGGCGGCGUGAUGCUAGGUAUUUUGGGAAACGUGCUCGCCAUUGUGGUUGGUAACGCGCUAGACGUGCGCCUGCUGGCGAUGUCGGAAAAGGCAGCAGCGUCCCAGCUGGACCCUGAGCAGCAGUGGGAGGCCGAGAACGUGGCCAUCGCCGACUCUGGCCAUAUGACGACCGAGGUACAGCUCGACGACUUUGCCGACCACUCGCAGCCUGUCGCACCGUCAAUGGCGGGCAUCGGCAUGUCGUCGCUCGCCGACCCGGGCGACACCCUCUUUGACGACGAAUCGAGUCGGCUGUCGUCCAUUGCCAGCAAUCAGGUGUAG